UGGCCUGAUGGCUCUGCUCUUCCUUCCAAUUCGUCAUUGAAAUAAGCUUUUUCCGGUCCGAGACUGGCGCCAAAGGAAUCUGAGAAGCAAAAAACAGUCAAAUCCAUGCCCACCCUUACAAAGCUUUAUACCAUGCAAGAAGCUUCCCAGCACAAUACCAAAGACGAUUGCUGGGUAGUUAUUGAUGACAAGGUAUAUGAUGUUACUUCUUAUUUGGACGAGCAUCCAGGAGGUGAUGAUGUAGUGCUCGUAGCAACAGGGAAAGACGCAACGGAUGAUUUUGAAGAUGCUGGGCACAGCGAAAGCGCAAAGGAGCUCAUGCAGAGCUUUUGCAUCGGUGAACUCGACACGUCCUCCUCCCCAGUCAGUCCAGAACUCAAAAUUUCCACCAAUAAGGAAACCACCGGGUACUCUCAGAAGCUCAUGGACUUGACCAAGCAGUAUUGGACUAUCCCGGUCGCGAUUGUUGGCAUCUCCGUGGUGGUUGGGUUCUUAUACAUGUAUAAGAAGUAAACCAGUACGAUGUUUAACCCCCCCCCUAUUGUCUACUGAACCAAAUUUUGAAUAAUUAGAUGAUUGAUCAAGAACAUUUUACC